AUGGCGCCACACUAUGCGAUGCUCGAUACAAGAGCCCUCGAUGCCGCAAGCUCUCAUCUCGCCAAGCGCGACCUAACCGUCACUCACACACAAGCGGUGACGCUAGGAGUGAUGGCCGUGUAUGUGGUCGUUAUCGCGCUUUUAUGGAACUUACCCUAUCUCCGAUGGUCGCUGUGGCCUUUCAAGAUGCUGGUUAUUGCUUUCCAUGAGUUUGGUCAUGCGAUCACCGCGUGCUGCACCGGGGGCAAAGUUGAAUCGAUCUCCCUUGAUCCCCAUGAAGGAGGAGUUACACAUAUGCGGGGUGGAAUUAGCGCCGUCACCCUUCCUGCCGGAUAUCUAGGAUCGUCCAUCAUCGGCGCCCUUCUGAUUUUCGCGGGGUUCGAUAUUGUUGCGAGCAAAGUUGCUAGCAUUGUUCUGGGUGUCUGUUUCCUGCUUACGCUGUGGUGGGCCCGAAGAGACUGGCUGACCAUCGUUACCAUUCUCUUAGCGGUCGGGCUGCUGGUGGCGUGUUGGUUCAUUGCACAUGGAGAAGCGCUGAAGUGGGUGGUGCUUUUCAUCGGUGUCAUGUCUGCUCUUUACAGCGUCUGGGAUAUUUGCGACGACCUCAUUAUUCGAAAGGUCAACACUUCAGAUGCCAGCGUCUUUGCCAAACGCUAUGGCGGCUCUUCGCGCUGCUGGGGUGUUAUCUGGUCCAUUAUCUCCCUCUGUUUCAUGGCCAUCGGCAUCAUUGCUGGCAUUGCAGCAUUCCGGGAGUCCUUCAGCGAGCAAGAAGACUCCUCGAAGCAUUUUAUCCCGACUAUCUAA